AUGGGAGAGCGACAACGUACAGCAGGACCAGAAGAAAUGGCUACUACCAGCACCGCUGUCGCGACCGUCCCCCCGCAGACUCAGGAGGAGCCGGUGGAGCGCGUGGCAGUGAUCACACUGCGGCCGACCCGUGCCGAGACACGCAAGAAGGUAGUCUGGACGGAAGACACCGUCGACAAUGAGCAUAUGAACAAGAAGAAGUCCAAAUGUUGCUGCAUAUAUGAGAAACCAAGAAAGUUCGACGACUCGGAUUCGUCGGACAGUGACGACGAUGAGUGCGAGCAUUGCUUCGGCCACGUGGAGAAGAAGAAGAAGGGCAAGCACCACCACAACCACGACGCCAACUGUCCACACAGUGACACCGCCGCCACUGCGCAGGGGGGGACUGUUACUCUCACUGAGACGGAGCCGGCGCCGGCGCCGGAGCCGACCGCGACGCUCACACUACAGCCGUCGCCUACACCUGCGCCUGCGCCACCCGACAAGAAAGACGAGUAA